AUGAGCUCCGGCCUCGCCUCUGCCAUCCGCCCCAGCCUGCGCGACCGCGACCGACAACUCUCAGGCUCGCCGCACACGCCCCCUUUCAGACACAUUUCCUCCGUUCAUUCCUCACCAGGCUCUGGUUUAUUUCGCUCAGAGGAAGACCCGAUCAUAAUCGAGCUCGACCCGCGGUAUCUAUGCGUGGGCUUUCAGGGCGAAAGCGGGCCGCAAUGCUGCUUGCGCUUUACCCCAGAGACCAAUCGACGUGUGGGCGACUUUAGGAGUUACUUGCCCGGCUUUAAAAGAAGGAGGGAAGAUGUCAAGGCAAAGUGUAGUGAAUACGAGCUCUGGAGAGCAGAUAUCAGGGAUGUGGAUCUGGGUCUUUUGGAGGAUAUACUGGAGAGGGCAAUCAGGGAGGCUUACAACAAGUACUUGCUGGUGGACGCGGGCUCGACAAGGUUGAUAUUAGUGCUGCCGAGUUUGAUGCCUCUUCCAGUGUUGGACACGGUGCUGACGCUGCUGUUUGGGAAGUGGAAGUAUCCCUCCAUAACGCUCUUGCCAGCCCCGGCCAUGACUGUAAUCUCUGCUGGGAUGAGGUCGGGUCUGGUCGUGGAUAUUGGUUGGGAGGAAACAGUUGUGACCGCCGUCUACGAGUAUCGCGAAGUUCAUGUUAGAAGAAGUACCCGGGCUAUGAGGUUGUUGGUAUGCAAAGUCGCUGACUUCCUCGAAAGUGUGAGGAGGGAGCAGGACGAGUCGAUCAGAGAUGCCUUACGGCUGGAUUUCGAAUUCGUGGAGGAAUUCAUUCUUCGUGCAGGAGUGUGUCACGCGUUGGUGCCUACCGAGGAGGAGGAACUUGCUCGAAAGACAAGCUCAAUAGAAUUGGGGACUCCCGAGGUGAAGUCCGAGGAAGAAGAAGAUAUCCCGACGACUCUCCAGAUCGACUGGCCCGCCGACAAUUCUUCCCGACCAGUGUCAAUCUUACGGUCAGCACUCCACAAUAUUUGUCUUGAAACUCUGCUAGGAUCUAAGGAUAAUGAGUAUCCCGACGAUCACGAGCAGCCAAUUCAUUUGCUUGUGUACAACAGCUUGCUAUCAGUCUCUUCAGAUGUGCGGAGUAUCUGCAUGUCCCGCAUCGUUUUCUCUGGUAAGCAAGCAUCAAGCAUUCGAGGACUGUCUCAACAGGUUCUACGCUCCGCAAAUGAUCUUAUGAAUCAACAUGGUUGGACUGCUGUUAGAGGCAAGAACUUCAACUCCAUGCGGCGUGGUUUGGUUGAGAUGGCGCAAGGAAGAGCCACUCCUGCGGAUGCUCGUUAUCAUACAGCCCUCCCCACAGCGGGCGUUCCAGGGGAAGAGCAACUCCUACGGCAAAAGACUAAACCCACAGUGACAACCACCUUCAGGCAGGUGGAGUCGCUGGGCCCCUGGGCAGCAGCUAGCCUUAUCUCAAGCUUCAAAGUCAGGUCUCUUGUCGAGAUUGACAGGGAGAGGUUUUUUGCUCACGGGCUAGCUGGUGCUCAUCGCGAUAUUGACCACAGCACCGUAUUGCCACGGACAACGACCAAGGCAGGCGAAAAGGUUAAUUGGACUUUGGCAGGAUGGGGUUGA